CGCGCAGGUGAGCUGCCGCCACCCGGUCCCUGAGGUUAGCCACCUGCCUGGGGAACUUGUGGUUGGUUGUUGCCCUCGGGUCGUUUCCGGGCGGGGACAGGAACCGGGCCAUGGAGGAUACUUCGGGGACUCGCGAGGCCCGGCCCCGUCCGAGAGAGAGAGACCGGGAGCGGAGCUCGCACCCCGACAGAGACCGCCACGUCGAGCGGCCGCGGGACCGAGGUGGGGACAGGCACAGGGAGAGGAACGGUGACGUCAGAGGAGACGGGGACCGGAGGACGGACCGAGACCCGCGCCGGGACAGACACGGGGACGCGGGCCAUCGCGCGGCUGCACAGAGAGCCCGGGACAAGUCCGGCCAAAGCCGUGGGCGGCCCGAGCCCUGGGUGCCGGGUUGGGACUCAGCCCCGACCCCGGGGCCCGCACCGUGGGGAGCCCCGGGACCGCCGCGGAAGCAGGGCCUCGGGCGCCGCGGGCUGGAGAGCGAGCUUCCUUCGGAAAGAUACGCGCCCACACACUCGGGGCCUGCAUGGCAGGAAGAGGAGUAUUACCAGUCUGAAGCUGAGGGGCUCCUAGAAUGCCACAAAUGCAGAUACUUGUGCACGGGGAGAGCCUGCUGCCAGAUGCUGGAGGUUCUGCUGAACUUGCUGAUCUUGGCCUGCAGCUCUGUCUCGUACAAUUCCACAGGGGGCUACACGGGCAUCACCAGCUUGGGUGGGGUUUACUACUACCAGUACGGAGGAGCUUAUAGCGGCUUCAGUGGUGCUGACGGGGAGAAAGCCCAGCAGCUGGAUGUCCAGUUCUACCAACUCAAGCUGCCCACGGUCACUGCAGCAAUGGCCUACAGUGGAGCCCUCAUGACCUUCUCCUGUCUCCUUCUCCUCGGGGGUGUCCUGCGGGUCCCGUGGCACUGUCCGCUGUGGCUGGUGAUCGAGGGUUUGAUAGACGCGCUCAUCGCCGGGGCCUACGUCCCAGCCUUGUACUUCUUCUUCCAACACCUCUCUGCUGCCUACAGCUCGGCUGUGUGCAAGGAGAGGGAGGCCCUGUACCAGAGCAAAGGUUACAGUGGCUUCAGCUGCAGUAUGCAUGGGGGAGACAUUGGAGCAGGAGUCUUUGCAGCCGUGGGCAUUGGGGUCUUUGCCAUGGGAGCUGUCCUGGCCUUUAGGGGUUACCGAAAGGUCAGGAGGCUGAAGGAAAAGCCCACGGAAAUGCUGGAGUUUUAGACUUCUAGAAUGUCCUGCCACAUAGAUGUGAGAGAAGUCACUUUCAACCACAAUCUUUCACAAGAAUUCUUUUGAUGUGGAGCUCACUAAUGCUUCCAAAACACCAAGCCAGUGUAGGUGUGCUGGGGCUAGCUCCUGGUUGCCUGGAGCAGUGUUCUCUGAGACAAAAAGCUCUGGUUUCUGGAACCUUCUGUGGGUGUGGAACUAACAAAAAGUAUGUCAAAAACCCCAAACGCUGGGGCCAGGAUUGAUGGUACAGGUCUGUAAUACCAUAAUCGUAGCACUUGUAAGGCUGGGGCAGGAGGAUCUCAAGGUCAAGGCUAGCCUGGGCUACAUAGUAAGACCCUGUCUCCAAACCAGAUAAACAACAAGAAUGAAGGAGCUCACAGAGGCCAGGACCCACAGGAGAAAGGCAAAGCACACUUCAUGAUCAGGGCAGGGACAGGCGAAUUGGAAACUUAUCUUUAGAGUUCACAAAAAGACUGCAUGGACAGGAGGCAGCCCAGCCUGAACUGUCUCUUCUAAACUCGGCUCUCUUGAGCAGAUGCCGGGGCAUCUCCACACUGAGCAUCCGGGUCCUGCACUCUGUGGAUUCUGGGACACCUCCCCAGAAAAAAAAGACUUAAGUGCGAGGGCGUGGGGUAAGAAAAGGAGAAUCAGAUAAAACUCACUGAGCUGCAAAGAAACCAUUCUACUGUAAGGGUAGAGCGGCCCUGAGCACUCAAUAAGCAUCUGUACCUCUUGUAAAUGUGCCAUUGUAUGAAGGAUCCAACCCCACAGCUGGUAUUCAGGAGAAAAGAAUGCAAGUCCCUUUCCCAACAGAAGAAUGUCACUUUGGGCCAGACAACUUCAUGGACUCCAUGACCUGUUGAAUUAUAGCUUGGGAACAUUACAGUGUAUUCUGGGACAAGUGAACAUGAUCUUUGCUUGAUGUGAAUCCAAGCAUUCCAAGGAAAAAUUUUAAUCUGGAGGCGGCAGUUUUCUUUAUGUUCAUGAUACAUUAUUCACUUAAACUCCACUGGUUGACUUAGAAGACUUUGGGCUGAGGGACAGAAUCGCAUACCUUUGUCGUGCAUGGCUAGAAAUUCUCUUGAACACUGUGAGGAAUUCUGUUCAAAGAAAGGGGGGGAGGUUAUUUUUCAUUCUAUAGAUAUGUUGAGCGCACAGAUUCAUUUUAUUUUCACACAAUAAAAAGAUCAAACCGA